AUGCUGGUUUCACCUGCUACAGAGACUGGGUCUCAUGAUCAUAUGCCCAGGGACGAUGCCUUGUCCCAGGCUAUGUUGAGGAUAUUAAAGACGAUUGCUGGGCCCAAUAUUGGACCUGGGGGCCGAGGCUACAUUGAUGCUAAAAGACGUGAUUUUCAGAAUCUCACGCAAGAGGAUUGUUCAGUGGCCGAGUAUGAGGCCGGGUUUCUAAGAUUGAGUAGCUAUGAGCGAGGCAUGGUGGCGAUUCAAUGUGAGUGUUGUGUCCGCUUCGAGGAUGGACUCAGGGACAGUUUGAGAGUUCUGAUAGCUCCGCAGAGAGAGCGUGACUUUUCAGCACUGGUAGAGAAGGCAAAGAUUGCCGAGGAGGUGAAGCACGUUGAGCGACAAAACCGGGAUAAGAAGAGAGGCAAGAAUAAGAGGGAUUCGGAGCCUUCUAGUUCUGUGAUGAGGCCUAAGAAUAAGGUUAGAUCCGGUGGGCCAAUUAGAGUUGGGGCCCCUAUUACACCUACUAGGAUCACGCUUUGUAGGCAUUGUGGAAGACGCCAUUCGGGCGAAUGUUGGAGGACAACUGAGGCUUGUUUAAAAUGUAGGUCUACUGAACACAGUGUUCGAGAGUGUCUGCUGAGGGCCAAUCAGGUGCAAGUUGAGGGUUCUGGUACUGCACAGCCACCGGGGGCUGAGGCAAGACAGUCGGCCCUAGUUUAUGCUUUUCAUCGCCAAGAGGAUAGAGAUGCUCCAGACGUUAUCAUGGGCACGUUUCUUAUUUUUGAUAUGCCUUACACUGUGUUGAUAGAUAUAGGAUCUACGCAUUCCUUUGUUGCUUGUUCUAUUUCCAAAAACCUAGGGAUUCCAGUUGAGAGUACUUCUAGUGAGGUGGCUAUACUAAACUCGCUGGGGCAAUCUGUUAGAGUUAGCAAACUGUACAUGGAUGUUUCUUUAGAGGUACAAGGGACAGUAUUUCUGGCUAAUUUGAUGGAGCUUCCGUUUGGGGAGUUCGAUAUGAUAUUGGGGAUGGACUGGUUGGUCAAGCAUCGUGUCAGUUUGGACUGUACGACUAAGAGGGUUGUAUUGAGAACUGAAGGGGGUAAUGAAGUAGUUGUGAUUGGGGAACGUCAGAAUUACUUGGCUAACGUGAUCUCUGUACUGGUAGCUGAAAAACUUGUUCGCAAGAGAUGUGAGGCGUAUUUGGCCUACGUAAGCGUUUCCGCUUCGGAGGACUCUAUUGUUAAGGACAUCAAAACUGUGAGGGAUUUUUUAGACAUCUUUCCUAAGGAGCUACCGGGUUUACCUCCGAAUCAGAAAGUGGAGUUUGGGAUUGAGCUUCUCCCUGGUACAGCCUAG